ACUCUCCUCCUGCCUCCCUCUCCCCUGUGCGGCGGUGACCAUCGCAAUAAAUAAAACCAACAAUAAUAGAGAGAGAAGAGAGAGAGAGAGAAAGAGAGAGGAGACAGCAACACCGGCUGCUUAAUCUCUUCUUUUCCUCGGCUUAUCUCCAAGGGCGCAUCUCCAGAAGCGGAAGGGAGGAACGGAGCGGCGAAUUCUUGUUUUCGCGCAAGAUGUCUUCCCCAAGCAAGCGCCGGGAGAUGGACCUCAUGAAGCUGAUGAUGAGCGACUACAAGGUGGAGAUGGUGAACGAUGGGAUGCAGGAGUUCUUUGUUGACUUCCGUGGGCCUAACGAAAGCAUUUAUCAAGGAGGCGUGUGGAAGGUUAGAGUAGAACUGCCAGAUGCAUAUCCAUACAAAUCCCCGUCGAUUGGUUUCAUCAAUAAGAUAUAUCACCCAAAUGUCGAUGAAAUGUCUGGUUCAGUCUGUUUGGAUGUCAUCAACCAAACAUGGAGCCCAAUGUUUGGUAAUAAUUGAUCUUUCCGUUUCAUUACCUGUGGACAUCCAGUUGGUUAAUAUCCCCUGUUGCGUUAUCAUUACAACUGGAACUCCAGGUGCUUUGUACUUUAAAUCUAUCAGUGAUAUUUUGCAGAUCUUGUCAAUGUGUUUGAGGUCUUCCUCCCACAACUUCUACUAUAUCCAAAUCCUUCUGAUCCAUUGAAUGGAGAUGCUGCUGCAUUGAUGAUGCGUGAUCGGCCUGCUUAUGAACAAAAAGUGAAAGAGUACUGCGAAAAAUAUGCCAAACCAGAGGAUGCUGGGGUAGUCCCAGAGGACAAGUCCAGUGACGAAGAGCUGAGUGAGGAAGAAGAUGACUCCGGUGACGAGGAGAUACUGGGGAAACCAGAUCCGUAGACAAGUUGUAACCUUUUCCUCUGGCUAAUCAGCACGCCACGUUUAUUGCAGCAACUGCAAUGAAACAGUCUCUGAACCCUUCCCGUGCAGCCUGAAUGUCGUGUAAAUAAACUGCAGUGUCAUGUUCCCUAAUGUUAUUUCCACCCUGAAAUUGACCGAUUCGAUGUCCAGCAGCACUGCUUUGCCCCAAGUAUCAUGAUUUGUAGAUCUCUGAAGUUGGAUUGGCCGAUAAUUGUGCAUAAUUGUUCACAAGCAAAUUCCCCAAUAAUUCAGAUGAUGUUGGCCUUCACAUUCUCAGUCGUUGCAUAGCUACCUCACUGUCCUUCAGACAUUGACCGAGAAGAUGCAAUCAAAAAUCAUUGGCUAGCUCUGGUGUAAAGUAAAAGGAAUCCUCAUGGCUUCCACAAUUUCAUGCAACUCGGAGAUGGAAUCAAGCCACAUGGAGCACGCAACACAUUUUGACUUGAUCAAGCUGUUCACGUCGUCUGCGAUGGUGGUGGUUUUGGUUUGCCACGCUUCACGCUUGUGCCGUUGGCCGCCCAAACCAAACCGUCUCGUCAGUCCUCGGUCCUCACAUGGCGAGAGUGGCGUGGACAGGCGCACUCGCCGCCGCCUUCCUCCUGUGCGCGGCCGCCGGGGUGGCGCUGGGGGCGAAGCGGCUGCCCAUCCCGGACGACCUGCGCGACGUGGUGGACGACGAGGAGGACGACGAAUGGCGCAACUGGGGUGCGAGCCACUCGCGGGGCCCGGGCCGCGGCGACGGCCCGCCGCCGGACCUAUCACGGAUGGAUCCGCCCGCCCUCCAGGCCGAGCUCCUCCGCGGCCAAACCGGGCCCUCGUUCGGCUUCGUCAAGCUCCGCCCCGGCACCCCUCGCUCUCGGGAGGAUGUGGUGGGGAUCGCGACGAGGUGGAGCAAUGUGCUGCGAACCGGAUCGGUGGAGGCCAAAUUCGUGGCAGUUGAUUUCGGUACGCUCAUGUUCACCAUGGAGAGAGGGCGAGACAUUCUCGAGCUGAAGGAGUUUAUCUUGAGCCAGGCUGAGGCGUACGAGUUUAAGAUUGGUGAUCAAGUUUUCCGCAGACCUGGAGACCCACCCCUGGACCAAGUUCUUGAAAAGCUUCAGAAAGAGAAGAGCAAUAAGCCAAAAGAAGAGCUGUAGAUUCAUUCACUUGAUAAUCUGUUCCGCAUGUGCUGUUCGUUCGUUCAUUGUGUAGCGUAGCAGUUUUACACUUUUGCCUUUUUGUUACAAUUUGACAAGAUUACAAGUAGCCCUCUCUUGCAAAUGCCAUUGUGUACCUUGUGGAAUCUGGAGUAUGGUGAACGCCGUAUGUCUUCCCCA